ACUACCGGCGCGCGGCGCGGAAGAAGCGAUGCGUGUGUGAGUUCGUUGUCGUUUCACUUGAAAAUACACUCUGUGAGUCAUUAUGGCUUCCGAUGACAUCGCACAACUGGCUGACGCUCUCUCCAAGACUCAUGUCGGUGAUGGAGAGUUGAGCUAUAAAGGCCUGGGACUGAAGCUGGAUGAUGCAGAUUCAGUGGAGGAGCUGGUCCGUGAGAUAGAGCAGUACCAGGGACUGAGGGCUCUGCGUCUGGAGGGGAACACUGUCGGUGUGGAGGCAACACAGGCCAUCGCCAAGGCUCUGGAGACCAAAGACCUGCUCCAGAGAUGUUAUUGGAGCGACAUGUUCACAGGAAGACUCCGCUCUGAAAUACCAACAGCUCUGAGGUCAUUGGGCAGUUCAGUAAUGAUUGCAGGAGCCAGGCUGACUGAGUUGGACCUGAGUGAUAAUGCUUUUGGGCCGGACGGUGUGAAGGGAAUCGAGCAGUUGUUGAAAAGCCCGUCCUGCCACAGCUUGAGGGAGCUGAGACUCAACAACUGUGGUAUGGGGGUAGGAGGAGGAAAAAUCUUGGCCGAAGCUCUGGUCCAGUGCUACAGACAGUCAUCAUCCCACGGAGCUCCACUUAAACUCAGAGUCUUCAUCGCAGGGAGGAACCGUCUGGAAAAUGAAGGAGCCAGUGCUCUGGCCAAGGCCUUUCAGAUGAUAGGCAGUCUGGAAGAAGUCCACAUGCCCCAGAAUGGUAUCAACCACAAGGGCGUGGCGGCGUUGGCUUCAGCCAUGCAACACAACCCAGAGCUCCGUGUCCUCAACUUCAACGACAACACCUUCACCAAGAAGGGAACAGUGGCCAUGGCACAGGCUCUGCGGUGUCUGAGGAAUGUCCAGGUGAUCAACUUUGGUGACUGCCUGGUUCGCUCUGAAGGAGCCAUCGCCCUUGCUGCAGUUUUAAGAGAAGGACUGCCAGUCCUCAAGGCGCUGAAUUUGUCGUUUGGUGAGAUCACUGAGGCGGCAGCGCUGGUCGUGGCUCAGGCUGUCAUGGACAAACCUUACAUGGAGAAGGUGGAUCUGAAUGGAAACUGUCUAGGAGAAGAAGGCUGUGAGGCUUUGAGAGAGGUGAUGGAGAGCAUGGAUAAAGGAGACAUUCUGGCAUCACUCAGUGAUGAUGAGGGUGAACCUGAUGACGAGGAAGAGGAGGAGGAGGAGGAGGAGGAGGAUGAUGAUGUGAUUGAUGACUCUAAUGAAGACGAUGAGGAUGAUGAAGACAUUAAGGAAAAUGGUGUCACGAGAAAAGACGACAGACCUGCUAAACAUCAUCACCCAGCCGAGAUCAUGUCCUUUCUCAGCAGCCCCUCAGUUGAGAAACUUCUUCAGCUUGGAGACAUGAGGACAGACCUGCUGCACCAGGUUGACGUGUCUGAUCCCCACAAAUCAGCCGACGUCCUUCUGAAAGUUGCUUCUUUGUAUGGCGAGGAACCGGAGACGAAGACAGCUGUUCUAGAAACUAUUGAUGAUGUACUGAAAAAGCUCCUCUCUGGUUCGACCCUCCAGUCUCACUGCUUCCUCACCUCACUGCUGCUCAUGAUGGGACUACUGAAGGGUGAAGGAAAGAUGAAAAAGGUGUCACUAGUCCCUGGACAUCUGCUGUGUUUGGAACAUGCCAUCCAGCAGGAAUAUUUCCCCCGACAUUAUGCCUCACUGCUUCACAACUUCAUGUCCAAGAACGGUGAUGCUCUCCAUUCCUGUGGCGCUGCCAGAGAGAAGCUGAGCUCUGCUCUGGAGAAGAGGUGCGAUGAAAAACACUGAUCUACAACCACCAGCACUGGAACACACACACACACUCUCUACUGACAUUCAUUUUGACAUCUUUAAAACCGAACAGGAAUGCUUUACUGUUGAAAAAGGGACCGCUGAAAACCACUGCUCUCCUCUCUUAUGAUUGUUGUAUAUUUUAUGAAGGCCUUUCCAAAAACCUUCCAGAAUGUCUUAGUUUGUAUUUUUCUACUAAUAAUUUGGGUUUUUAUUUUUCUAGAAAAUGUAGAUGAAAGUAAUUUAAAAAAAAACUUCACAUGAAAUAACUUGUGGGACUAAUGUGGAAAAAAAACACCCACAUUUGAACCACAACAGUGCAUCGUAUAGUAUGUCAACGAUGCAAUACUAUAAUAAUAGAUUUAAGGUUUCCACUUAAAUAAGAAUAUAUAUUUUUUAACUGCAGCUACAGUGUGUUAUUGAAAAUAAAUGAGAAUUUUGAAUAAAAGAGCAGCUUUUAUUGUUCUGCUGUAGUGAUAGACUGCUGAACACGAUGUUUUGUUUGUUACAUUAAUAUUUUUAAAAUUGCAUAUUGGGGAAAAUAUUGUAGAACAUUCUGGGCCAACUUUCCAGUUACAAUCACCACUCUGCUGCUAAUAAGGUCCGAGUACUGCGUGUAUCAGACUGCACCACAUAACUAAAGAUGGACAUGAGGGUUAGAUUAUUUGCUAGAUUAUCAAAAGUUGAUCAGUUAAUGUGAUUAUUAGAAAUAGCACAGAAAGAUAAAAUAUUCUCUCAAUGAUUGUAAAAACAGACAUUUUUACUCCAGUGAUGUCCUAAUUUGUGGCGCAUCUGUUACCACAAGGUGGCAGCAGCAGCGAGCAUUUAGUGAGUUAAUGUGUGUUUGCAGAGAGAUUUAGCUCAACACAGCUGUGAACCCUGCAUUACUUUCACUACCUCUCAUGGGCUUUAGAAUAUUCAAAUAAUAUAAUACACCAUUAUAUAUUCAAAUAGCAUUUUUGUUAUUAAUGCCCAUCCCUGUUCAUAAAACUGUCCACCUUACGCGGGACCAAAAUCACUUCUCAUUAAUUUUCCUUUAAUUGUUUUUUGAUACAUAAUACUGCUCUUAAAUGACUGUUUCAGUGUGUUACCUUAUGUCGCAUGUCGAUGACGAGAUUGGAACAUUUAAGGGAAGUGGCCGAGAAAGGGAUUAGGGCUGGCUGCAGGAAUUAAUCAUCUAUUUUGAUAAUCGAUUAAUCUGUUUGAGUGUUUUUUAUAAAGCUCUCUGCUUUUUCGGCAUCAUAAAUGUGAACAUUUUCUGGUUUGUUUGCUCCAUAUAACAAGGAAAUUAUUUCAACUGAAUAAUUUUUAAUUUGUGGAUUAGAGAAGACAUUUGAUAACAUGGUUUUUUUUGGACAAAACAAAUCGGCCAAGAAAAUAGUUGAUAAUUGCAAGGCUAAAUGGGAUGCACUUUAAUGGCAUUUUCUGCAUAAUAUUUCUGUUUAGGUUACCUCAUAAGUUGUUCAUUUGAUUGCUAUGUCUUGAAAUAUAACACAUUUAACAAGCCUCA